AUGUUGCGUACAUCAUCAUUUAUAUUAUCCAAUUUUCGUUAUCCGUUAUCAUCGACAAUAAUUCGUUUGGCAUCCACAGAUGCUACAGCCGGUUCGAUUAAUGCCGCCCACGACAAAUUCAGUGAACGUGAACAAGCGUUAGAAAAUCAAUAUUUUCGAAAGCAAAGUGAAGAAUUGAUUAAAAAUUUAAAAACAAAACAUGAUGAAUUGGAUCGCAAAACCCAAGAUUUGACACGUGAACAACAAGAGCUUCGAGACGAAAUUGAGAAAUUGGAGGCAUGGUGGAAGCCAAAAUCACCCUCAACAUCGACCAAAAAUAAGACAUAA